AUGGCCUCACCUAAUAACUUCAACUUCCCUUAUUUCCCUCCACCACCACCACCACACCAGCCUUUCCGGCCACCUCCUCCACCAUACCAUCCCGCUUCACCACCACCACCUCAUCAUCCAAUUACUCCGCCGCCACCUCAUGUAUACCCUCCACCACCUCCCCAUGUAAAUCCACCCCCAACUCCACUUCCUCCUGCACCAUCUCCAAAUAACCAUAUGGUUAUAAUCCUUGUGUCUGUCUCAUGCGGUGGCCUUUCCCUCGCAUUCCUUGCAGUCGCUCUCUUUUGUUUCCUCAAGAAAAAGAAGAAGAAAACAAUUCAAGAAACAGAAGUUGUUCAUGUUGAUGAAAAUCUGAAAGUGAAGGAGGCUAUUGUCCCCGGUCCCCAUGGACCGCACACUGUGAUUCUAGAAAUUGAGGAUGAUUUUCAAAUUGAUGAAAAGAUUGUAAAGACCGAGAAAAUUGAACGAGGUUCGAAUCUCCACUCCGCAGAGGAAAAUCCAAAGGCCCUUGAGACAGGAGCAGCUUGUUCAAGUUCUUAUCAUCAUCAGCAGCUGGAAAACAAGGCCUAG